GUUCGGCGUUGCUGCAGAAGAGUUUGGUAUCGCAGUCAACAAGGGAGCUGCAGUGUGUGAAAACUCUGUGCCUGACUGUGCAGUGCUGGGGGGAGAUAAGGGACGGUGUAUGUAGAAUUGCUUUUGUCAGGGGGAAGAGGGGAGAGAGAGAGAGACAGAAUUCAUUACCUUUGUGAAGUGAUAGUGAACGAACAAAAUGACCCAAAUUGAACAUCAUAUCACCUACGAUCACAACACCUAUGUGACUGAACAUUACAUGGAACAGGAGGAAGACUGGGACAGAGAUUUACUCCUUGAUCCCGCGUGGGAAAAGCAACAGAGGAAGACAUUCACUGCCUGGUGUAACUCCCACCUGCGAAAGGCCGGGACCCAGAUCGAGAACAUUGAGGAGGAUUUCCGCAACGGCCUCAAACUCAUGUUACUGCUGGAGGUCAUCUCAGGAGAACGGCUCCCGAAACCCGACAAAGGGAAGAUGCGAUUCCACAAGAUCGCCAACGUGAACAAGGCUCUGGACUACAUCGCCAGCAAGGGGGUCAAGCUGGUCUCGAUCGGGGCUGAAGAAAUUGUGGACGGGAAUUUGAAGAUGACUUUGGGGAUGAUCUGGACCAUCAUCCUUCGCUUCGCCAUCCAGGACAUUUCGGUGGAAGAAACCUCAGCCAAGGAAGGCCUCCUGCUUUGGUGCCAGCGUAAGACAGCUCCUUACCGCAACGUCAACGUACAGAAUUUCCACAUCAGUUGGAAGGAUGGACUCGCAUUGUGCGCUCUCAUCCACCGACACAGGCCUGACCUCAUCGAUUACUCUAAACUUAGAAAGGAUGAUCCCAUUGGGAACUUAAACCAGGCCUUUGAGGUCGCUGAAAAAUACCUGGAUAUUCCCAAAAUGUUGGACGCUGAAGACAUCGUUAACACACCAAAGCCGGACGAGAAAGCUAUCAUGACCUACGUCUCGUGUUUCUAUCACGCUUUUGCUGGGGCUGAACAGGCCGAGACUGCAGCCAAUCGGAUUUGCAAAGUGCUCGCCGUGAACCAGGAAAAUGAGAAACUGAUGGAGGAGUACGAGAAACUCGCGAGUGAGCUGCUGGAAUGGAUCCGCCGGACGAUCCCCUGGCUGGAGAACCGGAUCCCGGAGAAGACGAUGAGGGCCAUGCAGCAGAAACUGGAGGAUUUCCGGGAUUACCGGAGGGUCCACAAGCCGCCCCGGGUGCAGGAGAAGUGCCAGCUGGAGAUUAACUUCAACACCCUGCAGACCAAACUGCGGCUCAGCAACCGGCCAGCCUUCAUGCCCUCCGAGGGCAAGAUGGUGUCUGACAUUGCAAACGCUUGGAAAGGUUUAGAGCAAGUGGAGAAGGGUUACGAGGAGUGGCUGUUAACGGAGAUCCGGCGAUUGGAGAGACUGGACCACCUGGCAGAGAAAUUUAAACAGAAAUGUGCUCUUCAUGAAGCUUGGACGGCAGGAAAGGAGGACAUGUUGAUGAGGAAGGAUUAUGAGUCAGCCACCCUGAUGGAGAUCCGCGCCCUCAUGAGGAAACACGAGGCGUUUGAGAGUGACCUAGCUGCUCACCAGGACCGUGUGGAGCAGAUCGCAGCCAUUGCCCAGGAGCUCAAUGAGCUGGAUUAUCACGAUGCUGUCAGUGUGAACACACGGUGCCAGUCUAUCUGUGACCAAUGGGACACUCUGGGCACCCUCACCCAGAAACGCAGGGACGCCCUCGAGCGGAAUGAGAAACUUCUGGAAACCAUUGACCAGUUGUACCUGGAGUUUGCCAAGAGGGCAGCCCCCUUCAAUAACUGGAUGGACGGAGCGAUGGAAGACCUCCAGGACAUGUUCAUCGUUCACAGCAUCGAGGAGAUCCAGAGUUUGAUAACAGCCCACGAGCAGUUCAAGGCCACCCUCCCAGAGGCGGAUAAGGAGCGGAUGGCCAUUCUCGGGAUCCAGAAUGAGAUCACCAAAAUCGCACAGACCUACGGAAUCAAACUGUCAGGAAUCAACCCGUACACCAACCUCUCGGCCCCAGAAAUCGCUGGCAAGUGGGACAAGGUGAAGACCCUGGUCCCUCACAGAGACCAAACCCUACAGGAGGAACUCGCCCGGCAACAGGCUAACGAGAGACUUCGCCGACAAUUCGCAGCUCAGGCCAACGUCAUUGGGCCUUGGAUACAGACCAAGAUGGAGGAAAUUGGCCACAUUUCCGUCGAUAUCCGGGGCUCCCUGGAGGAUCAGAUGAACCACCUGAAACAGUAUGAGCAGAACAUCAUUAAUUACAAAUCCAACAUCGACAAGUUGGAGGGAGAUCACCAGCUCAUCCAGGAGGCCCUCAUCUUCGACAACAAACACACCAGCUACACCAUGGAGCAUAUCCGCGUGGGCUGGGAGCAGCUGCUGACCACCAUCGCCAGGACCAUCAACGAGGUGGAGAACCAGAUCCUCACCCGAGAUGCCAAGGGCAUCAGCCAGGAGCAGCUCAACGAAUUCCGCGCCUCCUUCAACCACUUCGACAGGAAACGCAAUGGCAAGAUGGAACCAGAUGACUUCAGAGCCUGCCUCAUCUCCAUGGGCUAUGAUCUGGGUGAGGUGGAGUUUGCACGGAUCAUGACCCUGGUAGAUCCCAACAACACCGGCGUAGUGACCUUCCAGGCCUUCAUUGACUUCAUGACCCGUGAGACAGCUGAGACAGACACUGCUGAGCAAGUCAUGGCCUCCUUCAAAAUCCUGGCCUCCGACAAGAACUACAUCACGGUUGAGGAGCUUCGUCGGGAAUUACCUCCGGAACAGGCGGAAUACUGUAUCUCCCGGAUGACCACCUACAUUGGGGCAGACUCUGUGCCCGGGGCCCUGGAUUACAUCUCCUUCUCCAGCGCACUGUACGGAGAGAGUGACCUGUGAACGCCUCGCCCACGCACCCCUCUGCCCUCUGCCUCGUGAAGACCCCCAGCCCCAGCCCCCCCUUCCCUGCCUCACCACCACCCCCAGCCACCCUGCCCUGUCCAAUCCUCAACACCGCUCCUCUGUCACCUGAAACAAAAUGGCCGACCGAGCCCCAUGCGUCCCUGACAUUGCGUUCCCCGCCCUCGCCUCGCUGCGACAACUGGAACGUUUGUGUUCCUGGUUGUUGGCGUGGGGGAGGGUGGGGAGUGUGAUGAGGGUCUCCCACAGUGGGUUGGGGGGGGGGGGAAACGAUGCUCGGGAUAACCCCCUCCGCGAUUUUUCUCUCAGGUCCACCUCUCCCCUCCCACCAGAACACUGCCUGCCCUCCAAUGAUGGCGUCUGGUCCGACUCGGCACCCGGAAGGUUCUAGAAAAUGGCGGGGAAAUGCCCCUCCCCUCCUCCCCACUACCAUUUUUCUUGAUCCCGCCCCACUGCCGCGUGAACAGGCCUCCAUUUCCUGUGUUGGCGAAGCCUGCUCUCUCAUUACCAGCACUCCUGGUGAGAGUCCUCUCUCUCUCUCUCUCUCUAUAACCCUCCCUCUCUGUUUCCUGCCACACCCCCCUCCUGCUCCCGGCUCUCCGGAAAGAUCUCUCCCCAGGCCGUGGUCCAGGGGGCAGAGGCAAGGCCUAAGUCCUCCACCUUCUAUUGCCUCCCCAUCCCUCCAACCUCACACCCCACCCCAGAACACGAGUGUGUCACCCUCACUUGGAUCCCGCUGUUUCCCCAACCCCUCACCGUUUCCCUACCCCCCAGCGACCUUCCCCCAUCCCUUGCCAAACCGCCCCCCCCCCCCCCCCCCCGAGCUCAGUCUCGCCCAGAAAUCUUUCAACGGCUUCCCCAAAACUGGUCUCGCUUGGGAACCGAAGGUGACCGCAAAGAGGACCGGUGGAGCGGAGUGAUGGGCAGGGUGCUCGGUUUGAACGAUCAGAUGUUUGCACAGCCCCUGUACGUGGAGAAAAUAAAACUAUCCCUCAAACUAAA